UUCUACAGUUUUCAAUUUGCAAUAAUAUAAUCAUAGUUUUAUGAGUUCAACAAAAAUCAUAUAAAUUUGAGUUCAAAGUACCUUUAUUGUUACAAGCUUUCCUAGCUAGCAAAUGCUAAUUACUUGUAAUUUCAUUCAAGUUAAGGCUAUUUUAAACUACAUGGCUCCAUUUGCUAGUCUUUGCAUGUUCUUGCUUCUCGUCUUGUCCUUCACCACCACAACUCAUGCUCAAAGCGGGUUGUCUACAAACUUUUACGAUUCAAGAUGCCCUAAUUUUAACACUAUCGUUCAAUCGGUCAUUAGAGAUGCUAUUGCCAAUGAUCAAAGAAUGGGUGCUUUGUUGCUUCGCCUUCAUUUCCAUGAUUGCUUUGUUGGUGGAUGUGAUGCAUCAAUAUUAGUGGAUAUUCAAGGUGGUGAAAAACAAUCCGUUCACAACGUUGGCUCUCUGCAAGGAUUUGAUGUGAUAGACUCCAUCAAACAACGAGUUGAGGCUACUUGUCCCGGUGUAGUAUCUUGCUCAGAUAUUGUGGCACUUGCUGCUAAAGAGUCUGUUGUUGCGCUUGGAGGUCCAAGCUGGAAUCUUGAAUUUGGAAGAAGAGACUCAACUUCAACACCAAGUGCUGGUGCAGCUGAUACUAAUCUUCCCUUCGGUUCUGAUAACGUCCGUAACCUCGUCUCCUUGUUCUCUCGCAAAGGUUUUUCUGUCCGAGAAAUCGUUGCUCUUUCAGGUGCUCACACAUUAGGGCAAGCUAGGUGCCUAAGGUUCCGUGAUCGAGCCUACAACGAACGAAACAUUCUUCCCGCUUACGCACAAUUCUUGCAAAGUAUAUGCCCCCGAAAUGGUGGUGACAACAACCUUGGUCCAUUGGAUGUUCGUAGUCCGAACGCCUUUAACAAUGAAUACUUUGUGGGUUUAACCAAUUUUGAAGGUCUACUUCACUCAGACCAAGUACUAUUCACCGGUCGCGGAGGCCAAACUGAUCGUGCGGUUCGACUCUAUGCGAGUAAUGAGGGAGCUUUCUUCAAUGAUUUCGCAGCUGCAAUGUUGAAGAUGAGUAGGCUUGGUGUUCAAACGGGCAAUAGCGGAACAAUCAAAAGUAACUGUAGGGCUCUACGUUAAGGACUCACUAUUAUUUUAUCGUCAACAAGUGUGAUAAAAAUAAUAUUAUUUAAUAUAUUUAAAUUGUGUACGAAAAUAAUAAAGAAGUUUUUAUGCAAAAAAUUAAUUUGCUGAUUA